AUGCUCGCGUCGUGUCAGUCCAAUCCUGCGGACAGCAGCAAUAAGAGGAGCUCCAUCGCGAAGCUGCUGUUGGGGGUCUUUGUUGUCUACAUGCUGCACACCGCCUGGCUGCUGUACGGCUUCCUCAACACCAAAGCCUGCGAUGGGAGCGCAGGGGAGCACUGCAUCACCUCCUACCUGACAGCAAGACCCAGGCUACAGAUGAGUGUGUUCACCUGCCUCGUGCCAGACAACAGCCAACUCAACCUUGCUGUAAAAAUAGACCCAUUUGAUCCAUACUCUACAUUUGAGAAGCAGGUGAAUGUGUCUUUGCCAGAGGAGACUCGGGCUAAUGGCACUCUGUAUGCAGUCGUGUACGUCCACAAAGCUGGAGUUUCACCUCUGGAGGAUGGCAGAGAAGUCCACUACGCAGUUCAGCUGACCACCUACAUCACUCCUACACACACAGAGGGGCAGAGAGACAUGCAGAAGAGUCCCGGAUCAAAGAAUCCUGUGUCCCACUGGAGACCUCACCUGCCAAUCACUAUGAUGUCAGAGGACUUCACCUUCAACAAGGCGGGGCUUCCCAGUGAUGUGCGCCGCUACAUGAGAGUCUCUCAGGAGGGCCGGCAGAUGAUCUACCUGCCUCUGCUGCUGGUAAAUGAGCUCAGCUUCAGAGUCAGAGACCUCAUGGAGAUCAGCAGCAGCACUGUUCAGCUCCCUCUGACUGUGUCCUAUGAGGGAAUCUCUUUAAGGAGGUUCAGGUUCUGGGUGCACCUGCAGGAUGUGGUUUAUUCCCUGCGACAGUUUGGCUUCACAGAGGAGAACGUGGAUGAGAUUAAAGAAACUUUGGCAGGCUCCAACCUCCAGCUGUUAGUGCUGAAUGCACUUAUCACUGCUUUACAACUCAUCUGUGAGUUCUUGGCUUUGAAAAACGAUGUCAGCUCAUGGAGAAAAAAGAAGAGCAUGGCGGGAAUGUCCAGGAAAUCCGUUCUGUGGCGUAGUCUCGGUACUCUGCUGAUUUUCCUCCAUCUGCUUGAGGAGACCAGUCUACUGGUGCUGCUUCCUGUUGGACUGGGAGCAUGUGUAGAGGUCUGGAAGGUGUUUACAGUGUUUAAGAUCCAGUUUCAAUGGAAAAGCUCCAAGCUCCAUGUAAAUAAGCUGGAUGAAGAAGAAAGGAAGACAGUGGAGUUUGACACGCAGGCGUCCAGAUACUUGUCCUACUUGGUCUAUCCUCUGUGUAUCAGCGGAGCUAUUUUCUCACUGGCCUACUUACGCCAAAAGAGUUACUAUUCCUGGUUGAUCAACAGCCUGGUGACUGGAGUGUACGCCUUUGGCUUCCUGUCUAUGGCCCCACAGCUCUUCAUCAACCACAAGUUGAGGUCUGUGAGCCACCUGCAAGGGACAGCGUUGAUGUACAGAGGAGUAAAUACGCUGAUCUCAGAUCUGUGUUCCUGUGCCUCCUUCUUCUACACCUCUGGAUCCCUCUCCUCUUCUCAUCAACUUUCCUGCUUCAGAGAUGAGCUCUUUUUCUUUCUUUGCCUCUACCAGCGGAGGCUUUAUGCCCACAAGUCCAGGAGGCGAGAGUCUGCGAGCCACAGCAAGAAACUAAAGACUCAAUGAGGAGAAGACAAUUUCCUCUCCUUCCUUUUUUCCCAGAAAUGAACACACAACAAACACAUAAAAACUCAUCUUCAAAACAACAUUGAAGAUGUGAAAUAGAAGCUCAGACAGGACACUCGGGCCACAGCGGCUUCAAACUGAUCCAAGAUGAGCUGUUCUGCCUCUGACCCUGCACCGCUGCGCACUCUUAGUGCUGCUGUUUGAAGCUUCCACCUAUACUGCUACAGUGAUUGAACAGACAGACACUAUCAGCUGCACGUUAUGCAAGAAGAAGAUCAACAGCAUCAUAUCACUGGUCGUAAUGUGCAUUUGCUUGAUCCUGCUCUUUGUGCAUACAUAAGGGGGUUACUUAAGAUAUCUUGUGGUACAUUGUCAAAGGUACAGCUCCAGACCCCAAAUACAGUUCAGUAAUCAUAAAUCAAUAUCCAUCUGCUGCAACUUGACUUAAACUUUCUGAUGGACUCACUUAACUCUGUGUGUCACUGACUUUCAUAUGUCUGUCUGAAAAGUUUGAACCUUCAUUUCUCCCUUUAAUAUGUACUAUUUAACCCUUUGAAACAUGGUUUGACAUCACUUUUCUUGUGCGGCAUUCAGAUGCCUUUCACAAGUAGUUAAACCUUUGAACCCCAAGCAAAUUUGAUCUAUUUUGAAGAAAAGACAAAAAAGGCAGUUAGCAACUUGCAGACAACUUCCUGUACUUUAUGCUACACCAAGUAGAAAACUGAAAUAUUAUAAACCCAAGACAGCUUUAUUCUUGUGAUUGCAUUAUAGCAUCAAAUGGAAUAUAUUCUGCACAAUUAUCCCAACUCAAGGCAACAUAUUUGGCUUUUUUUAGAAACUUUUGCAAAAAUCACACGUGCAAUCAGGAGACAUCAAAUCAAAUGUGUAACGACGGACAUCCAGAUGGAUCUUUCAGGGUUACAAAUAAGCAACAUGACCACAGACAGUAAUGAGAGGAUGAAACAAACAACACAAGGCACCUUUUUACUCUUCAUCCAGUUUAGCAAAACAAAUAAGUACAUUUUGUUGAUGGUGUUUAGGCAGUAGAGCAGUGAUACUCAAUUUACGGCCUGUUGGCCAAAUCUGGUAAUAA